AAGGGCAUCCCCCAUAUUGGGAAGCACCCAAAUCGAUGAGCGAUGAGCAAGACGAAGCUGUUUCUGGCAUUGCUGGUGCCGGCCUAUGCGUGGCUUCUCUUUGCACUCUUCUACCUGGAUAAUCCUAAUCAGCAUGGAGGCCACCGUCAGGCGGCCUUCCGAUCUUGCCUCACCGGGUGCCACUGCGAAGCACCGAGUAUAUUGUGGAGCUGCCAAGAGGAGUGCGAGCACCGGUGCGCGUUGGCAGAUAGCGAGCUGCGGUUUGCCGAGGGCCGACCGCAGGUGAAGUAUGGCAAAGGCCGCUGGGCCUUCUACCGUGUGGCACACUGCACUGAGUUUUGGUCUGCGCUCUUCUCGCUCCUGAACGGCCUGCCUUAUGCUUACUUCCUUCUUCAAGGCUAUGUCCACCCCAUGGGCAACGUGCUGGACGUGAGCGCGGGCGCGCAUUGCAUCACAUGGCUGCUCUCAAUGCUCUUCCAUGCGAACACCUGCCGCUUCUUCGAGGACUUGGAUUACCUCGGGGUGGUGCUCACCUGCCUCGCCGAGCUCUCCACUGUGCUGCUGAGGCUUAGCUCCUGCCGCUGGUCCAGGUGGGCCUUGCCGGGCAGCGCGGGGUGCCUGGCGGGCUACGGGCUGCUGGGGGCGGCGCUGGGCUUCCCCUGGCAGCUGCAAGCCACGGUGGCCCAGGGGCUCCUAGGCCUCACCGCUGCGCUGUGGAUUUGGUACGGGGUCCGAGAGAGGCAGCGUGCGCUGACCAAACACUUGGCUUUGCCCUGGGCUGUGCUCAUCACCUUCUGCUCCUUGGAACUGGUGGACGUGGCCCCUUUCACCCUGCCGUGGCCUUUCUUUGGGCACAUCGACUCCCAUUCCCUGUGGCAUCUGGUGACAGUGCCGGUGAAUCUCUGGAUCGUGUACGGCUGGGUCCUGGAGACGACCGGACGCCGUUCUGAAAGUCGUCCGCUCCUGCGCGCAGUGCUGUGGUCCAGCGUUUUCGUCCUCCUCUUUAGCACCGCGAUCUUGCCAUCGUGGCUGGACGCCGGCCGAGUCUGCCAGAACCGGCCGCAAUGUGCGCGGCUGCUGCGAGACACCUGGCUCCUCCCAAUGGACCUGUCAGAUCCACAGUGGCGCGCCUUCCGCGAGCGUCUGCCGCUGCUCGCUGCCGCGCUGGGCUUCCUCGCCCUCCUCCGCGCGCGGCUUCUCCCGACGGCGCGGAGGGCGCGGGCGGCGCUGGCGCUGGGCUUCGCGGCGGUGCUCCACGGACCCGGCGCUUUGGUCUUUCUCGCCUGCCUGCUUGCAGUGGCUGCCGUUCGCCGCGGCGCCGUCCGGGUUUUCAUCAGUUGGUUUCUCGCCUUGGCGCUGCUCUACCUCAAGGACGCGGACUGGGCGGCGCUUCCCGGUGGCCUGCACGACUGGCGGGCGGCGGCCAAGUACGUGGCGCUGAGACUGGUGAGCGUGGCGGCGGACUGGAAGGACCAAACCUUGGCGCAGGUGGUGGACUACUUCUUCCAUCCAGCCCUUUGGCUGGCUGGGCCCAUUAUGUGCUUCCAGGACUUCGCGGCGCAGGAAGGCAAGGGGAAGAUGCCCUGGGGCUAUGCGGCACGCUGGGCCCUGAUGUUGCUCCUUCAGGAGCUUUUGCUGAUGGUCGCUCCCUUCUUCGCCCUCACCAAGACGGGCGUGUCGUUCCUCUCACCCCGACAGUAUGCCAGUCUUCUCUACGGCGCCAUCACCGGGCUGUGGCUGAAGUUCGCCUUGCUCUGGCGCUUCUUCCGCACCUUCGCGCUGGUGGAGGGCCUGCAGCCCCCGGAGAACCUGCCCCACUGCAUCAAUACACACCUGACCCUGACGGGAUUUUGGCAGAGUUGGCACUGCUCCUUCAACCGCUGGGUGGUGCGGUACAUCUAUGUGCCGCUGGGAGGAAGGAGGUGGAAAUUCCUGAACGUUUGGGUGAUCUUCCUGUUCUCCGCUGUCUGGCAUGAUGUGAGUGCCUCCAAUUGGCAGCCUCUCUUCUUGUGGGGCCUGCUGAACGUCCUCCACAUGAGCAUGGAGUGGAGCGUGCAGGAAAUGUGGCGGAGCCGAAUGGCUUGGGUGAAGGACUGGCCCUGCUGGCUGCUGCUGCAAGGCCUUGCAGGCGCGUUGACCAGCGCUUGCAUCGCUGUCACCACCUUCGUUGGGGUCCUCGGGGGCCAAUCCUUCCUGACGGACGCCGCAGCCCAGCUCAAAGCCGCCAGCUGCCUGGACCUGGUUUGCGUGGCUGGGGUGCUGAUGAUUAUCGCGCAGAUCAACCUGGCCCUUCAGGAAAUGGACGGCAAGAAGCAGAGCUGAUCCUCUUCGGCAACUGGACGAAAGCGGUGGUCUUGGAGUGGAUGUUGUCGCCCAGAUCGGCCGUCGACUUACCUCCUCGGACUCGGAAGCUGCUCGCCAACGCGCGCGAGCAACCCCAGUUGCCCAGUGCCCUGU